UCUUUAAGUAAUAAGAUUUCUAGUGUUUAGCUGGUGUUUUAGGGCACACUCACAUACACACACAUCCUCUGCCCCUCAAUUACAGCACUGCCACACCUCCAGCUAUCUGUAAUCUCCCUUCGAGGACCACAGAGUGCAGGGUGAACAAAUUACAGAGAAAGGGGUGAAGACACAGUGAAAGAUGCCACUAAAAUAACAAGCUUCACAGGAUUUAAGGGAAGAGGGGGGAAAAGGCAUAUGAAACAAUAUAAUGUCUUGAAAGACAGGAGAAAAUCUGGAUUCCCUCUAUGUUUUUUUUUUGUGAGAGCCGAGGAGUUUCAAGAGGGCCUUUAUCCUUUUACAUUCCUGUCUUUCAUCAUGGUUGACCUUUUCCUAAACCGAGUUCUCAUCGAGAACAACUGGGACCAAGACGAACUCAACACUGAGCGUGAGAUCAUGGGGAUUCUCGAAAAUCGCAUCGUCAUGCUGUUCUUUGCAUCUGCUGAAUGUGAAAAGUGCCUGAAGUUUGUGCCUGUUCUGAACGACUUCUUUAAGAGAGUGAAAGAUCCAGCAUACAUCGAAUACCCGAAACUGCUCGCACUCAUCUACAUCAGUUUGGACCAAUCAGAGGAGAAACAGGAAAAAUUCCUCAAAGAGCUGCACAAAAAGGUUCUGUUUCUGGCCUUUGAGGACCCAUACAGGAAGGAACUGCAGACCAUGUUUAAAGUGAAGGAUGUACCAACAAUAGUGGUCCUGCGUCCCGACGGCUCUGUCCUCUCUCCAAACGCUGUGCGGGACAUCUGUCGUUUCGGCUGUGACUGUUUCCAAAACUGGCAGGAAUCGGCCGAGCUUGUUGAAAGGAGCUUCAUGCUCAACGAGGAGUUUGACAACCUUAACUUGCGCAGUGCCACUGACCCUGUGAGGAGGGUCAAGUACAAGACAGAGGACGACAAACGCAAAAAGAGAUGGUGGAAGUUAUGGGGGAAGGGAAAAGAUGGAAAUGAAGAGGAGAAAGAUGGAGCAUGGGAUACCAAGAGAAAUGAGGGAGAUAACAAUACCUGGAGGAUAAGAUGAGGAAAACAUAUAUCAUAUAAUAUAUUCUGUAUGUUAUCACUCAGACAUUUAGGAGAAAUAUUUUUGUUUUAGAAAGAAAUUUUUAUCUGCUGUUCCAGAAAAUUGAUCAGAAAUGUUAUCAAGAUUAACUGCUUUAAUUCAUAAUCAGGAAUUUAUGAAUAUGAAUUUAUGUAGAGCUUGCAUGCUCUCUCUGUGUUUGGGUGGUCUGGCUUUCUCCAACACUCCAAAGACAUGAGUGGGUUUAGGUUAAUUUGUGAAUCUAAAUUCCCUGUGAGUGUGGAUGGUUGCCUGUCUCUAUGCGUUAGCUGUGCAAUAAAUUGCUGACCUGUCCAGGGUGUACCCUGUUAUAGCUGGGACUGGCUACAGCCCCCUCAUGACCCUGAAUUUGGAUACCAGUGAGAAGAUGGAUGGAUGGAUGAAUAAUAACCGGGAACUGUUUUUUCAACAACCAUCAGUCUUUGUUUUUGAGUUUAAGUUUAUUUUACCAGUUUUUCUUGGUGUGCCAUAGAUAGAUAGAUAGAUAGAUAGAUAGAUAGAUAGAUAGAUAGAUAGAUAGAUAGAUAGAUAGAUAGAUAGAUAGAUAGAUAGAUAGAUAGAUAGAUAGAUAGAUAGAUAGAUAGAUAGAUAGAUAGAUAGAUUUUCAUACUGUGUGCACUAAUCGUUUUACAAACCAGCACAAUCUGGCUCUGUGAGGUGUUUUUUCUCAAGUCAAAGACUCUGAUGCAGUUGUUGUCUUGCACAGUUUUGCACUCUGGCUUCCAGCUUCUCUUUCUAAUCAAGUUAGAACCAGCUUGGGAUCUUCUUUGUAGGGUUAGGUUGGUGCACGCCAUUGUAGGGAACAAUACAGUUUUGUUUUGUUUUUUUGUUAAUUUCCUGAGUGGAAUAGCCUUCAUUUCCUAGAACAAGAAUAAUCUGUUGCGCUUCUUUUUAUUAACCAUUUUGAGACUCACUUUAAUGUUGCUUAAGAUGAAAACAAAUUUCCUUUUCUUAAAAAACCCCAAAACAAGCAGAGAGCAGAUGUACGCUAUAAAGCAGACUGUUUGAAACUAACAUCUACUAUUACUGCUCAUCUGUUGUUGUGGAUACCUACUGUAUAUGUUGAUGGUGUUUUUUCUUUUCUUUAUAUUUUGUUGCUACUAUUCAGUUGGUGAUAUUCACUACCACAAGAGAUGCCACUGUUUUUAUUCAGAAAACACAAACAUGUACAAACCAAUCCUGACUAAAUGUGUGAGUAUCGAUCCCCAGGAUUCCAAUCUAAAGCUCUACAAAUCAAUACCUUCUUAUUGACUUAGGAUCAAAUUGCUGUGUAUAGCAAGAGAGGACUCACGUGUAUACUGGCUACUCCAGCUGUGCAACUCUACAGACUUUCUUCCCUCUUCUUUACCCUUUCUACUGACAAUAUAAUUCUUCUGGCAAAGUAAUUCAAGACAUAUCAGCUCCAUUUCCAGUAGCAUCAGGCAGCUGUUUUCUGAGCUAAUAAUCAGUGGAAUGUACGUGUGCUGCUCAGCAUGAUAAAGAAACAAAACGAGAAAUUAGCUGGUGAAAAAAGUCCAGCUUUCUGCAGCUAACAGUCAAGAUAUAAUAUUUUCUCACUGGGGAGGGGAGACAAAAGUGAAUGCUAAAAACAGGUAACAGGCUUAAAUUAAUCAGAUACAGAGACUGAUAUCUGCUGGAUAUGUAAACAGGCAACUAUUUUCAACCACACUGUUUUUUUGAAUAAUAUUUGGGCAAAAAAAAACCUAAAAAUAUACAUGUAAUUGCAUUUUUUGGCUACAUUUAGGUGCUGGCGCCUGCUUGUUUUGUAACUGAAAUUAAUGUCUUGUCAGUGUGUUAUUUACUUUCAUAACACUGUUAUUUGUCUUUACUAUUCUUUAUUAACUACGUCUCCUCAGAGUUUGCACUUUGUUAUUGCAUAGUUAAAUGUGAAUUGUAUGCUCUCCAAAAUCAUUAAAUUCUCUAUCCUUUUAAUAUAAACAGUGCCUGUAUCACUGCUGUGCUUUCAUGGCCAUAUUGUAGUGUUCCCAGUAGAGCAAAUCAAACUAUCACUACGCACAUAUUCCCUGCGGCUCUGCUAUUCCAUUAAUUACUGAAUAUUAAAGGUCUCA